AUGGCUGUGAACGGAUAUGUUGAUUAUGAUUCGAUAGAUUGUGCUUCUCAAUUUCCUGUUGGAUACAGGUUCGAUCCAACAGAUGAUGAUCUCAUAAGCUUUUAUCUGAGGAAGAAGAUCUAUAAGCAACCUCUUCCACGUCAUGGAAUUCUUCAGUUUGAUGUGUUCCAAACUGAACCAUGGAUGCUGCCAUUUGAUACUAGAAACUCUUUCAGUGAUAGGAGGUACUAUUUCUUUGAUUUGAGGAACUAUAGGUUUGAAAACACGGAAAUAAGAAGAGCUGGUAAUGGUGAAUGGAGAGUGAUAGAAAAACGAAAAGAAGUUUCUCUCAGAAGAAGCAUUUACUUCAUAGGGAGUAAGUUCACUUUUGAGUAUUGGAAGAUGGAGGGAACACAACUUGUGAAAAGUAAAUGGAUGAUGGAGGAGUUUCGCAUCAGUCCAAUUCUUCAUCCUCACAGGAUGUCGUAUUUAGGUGCAUAUCGAGUCUCUAAGAAGAAAGUUACUACUCGAGUUGUGACUAAUUCAAUAAUGGAGGAUGAAAAUGAAUCAGCCAACACUUCUUCUCCAUGA